AUGGUGACGAGGGUCGAAGUUGGCUCUAUCGCAUCCCUGAGGGCGGGGCCGGGCCUUGGUGACAUCAGCAGGGAGGAAGCCCUGAAGAGGACCUACUUUUGCCAGACUGGGGACGUCCCUGGGGCUCCCUCCACUAGGCUCCUAAGAGCUAAAAGCCCCCUACGGACCCACCUGUUCCCUCUGCCCAUUGCUCCUAAACCUUUUCUUAAGGAGCAGGUCCUUGAGAAGAAGGCUCCUGGUACCACCCAGUCCUGUCCUUCAGCUGAGACCGACAAGAAGGAGGCCAAAGAGGUCCUGGCCAGAAGGAUGCCGAGCUUAGCUGGUCAGGAGGCAGACAGUGGGGAGACCCUGCAGAAUGGCCCGUCUGUACCUAACAAGGCCACGUUCCUGAGGUCUGGCCCCAGUACCAUGGGCUUCUUUGAAACGACCAAAGCUGGACCCAGCCUGGGCAAAGGAACCAGUGAGAGGAGCCUGGAGUCUAGCUCCCGAGCAGCCCAGGUAUCUCCCUUAAGUGCCAGGCCUGAGGUGGCUGCCAAGCCUGCCCUCCCUACUCGAAAGCCCCCAGUGACUCUGCCCCGACCAACCUCCCUGUCACAGGAUGCUGGGUCUGCUGUAUCCCAGGAGGAGGCAGGCCGAGCCCAACCUUUGCCAAAGGCCCACAGUGUGGAGGACCCCGCUGGCCAGGCUCCAGAGGCCAAGCCUCACCCCAAGAGACGGCCCAUGUCAGCAGUGUUCAGCGACUACCUGCAGCCCCCCAAACCAGGCCCAGGUGGAGUGGCAGUCAUGGGCAAAGUUCCCCCUACACCUCCGGAGAAGACAUGGGUGAGGAAACCCAGGCCUCUGUCUAUGGACCUGACGGCUGCGUUUGAGAGCAGAGAGACGUUGCUGAGGAAGGUGGCCGGUGAGCAGACUGUAACAGAGCCCCAGGGCCCAGAGAGGACCAGCAUGGAGCGCAGGGCUGAUGUAGAGGGUCCUGCCUGCAUGAACACCACCCCUCAGGACCCAGAUUCAGACUUCCAGGAGGUGGCCAAGAGGCUCCAUGCACGGAGGGAGAAGGUUCUUCUUAAGCAGACAGAUACAAACAGUCCCAGGACUCCAAGGGCCAGGGUCAUCCCUGGAGAUGAUCAGAGUCUCCAGGUUGAGGAAAAGCCAGAUCAGCAGUCAGAGAAGGUGCUGGAGCCCCCUUUGCUCAGGCCAGGAAGAGGCCUGGGGCUGGCCCAGGUCAAGGGUGGAGUGUCUGACCAGGAGGCUCCUGCAGGGAUGGAGAGGAAGUCUGCCAGGAGCAUCAGGAAGCGCCUCAGCCUGUUUGAGGAAGGCAGUGCUGCAGCCUUGGCAGUGGUGUCCGAGCCCUCGCCUGUGACCCCGGAGUCCCAGUCCACAAUGCCAGAGCCUGAGAGAGCUGGUGUGAAUGUUCAGGCUCUGAUCAAAGGCUGGACUGUGGAGAGGGCAGGGACGAAGCCGGAGGUCAGGAGAAGGGCAUCACAGGGGCAGUCGUUGCCUGCAGAUUUGACCAAACCGUUCUCACGGUCACCUUCAAGCAAUGAGGUCGGGUUUGAGAAAUGUGCUGUGUUCAGUGGUGAGCUCCCUGGGGAGAGGAGAGAAAAGCCUAAGGAAGGGCAUGGCUUGGAUGGAGCUCCGGCUGCAAAAAGUCCCUGGAAGUCUGGGGUGCCCCAGAAGUCUAGGCAGAUGGAACCCAAAAAUGCCUCUGACCAGGAAGAUCCUGACAGGUGUCAACGUGCACACUCAAUGGGAGACCCAGGCCCUUCUGAAGUCAGUCCAGAAGGUGAUGGGAGCUUUCAGAAGGUGUGGGCCACAGUAUUUGAGCAUCAUGUGGAGAGACACACAGUGGUUGACCAGGCAGGCAAUUGUCUCUCACCUAUACCCCCUCAUGAUGUGACUGACAUCCAAGAUCCUAAACCCAGGCCUGAGAAAGGCUAUUGGCUAGGGAAGGACCCUCCAGCAGUGAUGAACAAGAGAGACAGCUCCAGGUGGUCUGAGCAUGCUGACCAGGGGAUGCUGGGACGAGCUGUAGAUGUAGAGCCAAGACAGUAUCCCACAUCUGUCCCGGAGACACACCCCAUGGGAGAAGGGCACAAUGGUCACUCUGUCCUGAGGCAUCUAGAAAGUCCCCCUGUGUCCCAGAGGAUCCAGCCCAAGUAUGACAUUGUUCAUGCCUCAGGGGAGCGAGCACACAGCGAAGCAGUUUCCAGGGUGCCUGAGGAGAAGGCCGUGACGCUGCGCAGUGCCAGACCCCGGCUCUCACUGCAGGGCCAGCAGCUGUCCCAGGAGAUCAGCCCUGCUUACCUGGAGUAUGCUCUGCAGGCUCAUGGGGGUACCAUCCAAAGGGCAAGUUCAAUAUGGGAAGCUCGGGGUCAGGAGGCCAGUGGACCAAAGCUUGACUGUCAACAGCCAAGGGAUGGAUUUGGGGAUGGUUGCCCAUCCUCCAAAUGGACAGGAGAAGGGGUGGUGGCAAGCUGGCACAGCACCUCUGUGGUUAGCAAAGAUCUUAGUGGCCCCCAAAGGGGUCCAUCCUGGGAUUGCUCUUCAAAUCCUCCAUCCAGGGCCACCACUGAGCCUGGUGACUCCCUUGUAUGGAGGGAGGACUCAUUGUCUCUGCCGAAAAGUUCCCUUGAAGUUGCCUAUGAGGAUAACCCAAGACCGGCCCAGGCGUUCCAGCCCGAAGUCAGAAUGAGGAGAUCCAACACUUCGGAGCCGAGAAUGGACAGGUGGAGGCGGCGGACUCUGCCCCACGAUGUGAAGUUUGACGAAUUCAGCCUCCUCACUCCAGAGAACACUUCCAAAAGGCAACAGAGACUUGCAGGUGAUGUGACCUCCCCAUCUUGUGCCUUAAAGAGACCUCCAUUGUCCUACCACCAGACACAAACUCGGGAGGUGACUUAUCCAGUGGAGAAGCCGGGGCCAUCUACUGAACCCAGUGCAACUUUCUUUGCGGUCACUUAUCAGAUUCCUGAUAUUCAAAAGACCAAGAGUGUGGUUAAGCCAGGCCCUGAAAAUGUUUCAGAACCUUCUAGGAGAAUGGCUCCCCCUCUGUCACCUCGCUCUUUUGUGUCUACUGUGACUUCUCCUAGCCACGAAGAGCUGUGGGCUCCUGCCAGCAGUAAGGGCUGGGCUAAGGGGAGAGAAUAUGAAGAAGUAAAGAGCCUUCCAAAAUACCCGAAGGCCACAGAUCAGCCAUCAUCUGUUGGGGACAGGACUCUGGAUCCUUCCAGGGACAGAGUCAUUGAUGUGGAUGCUCUGGGGACUCACUGUGUCUCAGAAGAUGGCACCUUGAAGGACAGCAGGAUCAGGGCAUCCUCAGGAGUAGAUGCCCCACAAACCUCCCCAGUCCUGAGGCGCCCCAAAAGUCUCCUAGUUAGAAGGAGAACAGAGGUGAUCAGCGAGACGUUCCCAGGGAAGAUGAGAGAUGGCUACAGGUCUGGGGUCCUUGACAUUGAUGCUCUGAUGGCUGAGUACAAAGAGCACUCAAGCAGAGUCCCCAGCAAGGCCCAGGAACAGAGGGACAGUCCUCCUGUGGAGUCCAGUGGCUCUCCUCAGGAGAGAUCAGGUUGGCCCAAGGAGGCAGAGUGGCGGCGGAGGAGCCUGAAGGAAGCUCCCCGAUCAGAUAGUGUUGGGAAACAAGCAGGGGCCUCUGUGAAAACUCCCCAGUCCCCUGGCCCUAGCAAGCAGCCGACAGAGUCCCUAGGGGCAGCCAUGACCACCAAGUCUGGCCUGCCACUGUGGGCACCACCACACUCAGCUUUUGCGGAAAACUGUCCCUCACUCUCCCCUGUCCCCACUGGCUCCAGGAGAAAGUCCACAGGCAUCACUGAGUUUGAAAGCAAGUCCUCCUCCAGUGAGCACCAGGAAGCAAAGUGUAAGCAAGGCCCAGCCAAGUCCCAGGAACCAGGCAUCGAGGACAGAAUCUGCCCCAGGUCACCUCCCUCUGACCAGAAGAAAGGGAUGCCAAAGAGAUCCACUGGUCAGGGGGUAGAGGGCAAUGGGGUGCAGCGGGGAAACCCUCCACAUGACUGUGUUUGGGCACCACUGGUCAUCAAGAGGGCCUGCUCAGAGAAGGGCCCACCAGCCAGGGUCCUGGAGGGCCUGUCCAUCAUGCAGGAUGCCAGGCAGCGGAGACGAGAACAGCCCAGAGGGAAGCCAACUCUGCCGGCUGAGACUCCCAAGGCCACAUCAGGGCCCUGCCGAAAGGAGGCGAGGAAGUCAGAUGGCCCUAAGGUGUCUCUGCAGAACCUGGAGCAGGGGGAAUGUCUGCAGGACGGCCAGCAGCCUCUCCGACAGGUAUCCCCUGUUGCCUCUGUCCCCAGGCGAAGUCACAGCUUUUGCAAGGACAAGAGGAGCGGUCCCUUUGUGAACCAGCUGAAGCAGUGCUUCUCCAGGAGAACCACCGAGGCCAAGGACACUGACACCCUCGUGCACGAGGCUGACAGCCAGUAUGGGACCUGGGCAGACCAGCACCAGAAUGGAGGCAGUUUUGGGCCUGAAUCCCCAUCAUCUCCUGACAGCAGUGCUACAUCUGCCGGGAAGCAGCCACCAAGCAGCCACUUGUCCUCAUACACGGAGUCCACAUCAGUGGAGCAGCAUGACAGCCCCAGGGACAGGCGCAGCUCCAGCGUGGACCGCUCCAGUUCCGAACUGGAGUCCACAGAUGGUCCUGAAGGGCCACAUCCAUCAGAUGCUUGCCCAGCAGAGAGAGAAGAUGACUUUUCCUUCAUCCAUCAAACCUCAGUCCUCGACUCGAGUGCCCUGAAGACCCGGGUGCAGCUGAGUAAGCGAAGCCGCCGCCGAGCUCCCAUCUCCCACUCGCUCCGGCGCAGUCAGUUCAGUGAGUCAGAGAGCCGGUCCCCUUUAGAAGAGGAGUCACACAGCACGUGGAUGUUCAAGGACUCAACAGAAGAGAAGUCGCCCAAGAGGGAGGAGUCAGAUGAAGAGCCACCCAAGGUGGAGAGGACUCCUGUCAGCCAUCCACAGAGGAUGCCUGUGUUCCCAGGCAUGGACCCAGCCGUGCUGAAGGCUCAACUGCACAAGAGGCCAGAAGUGGACAGUCCUGGCGAGUCCCUCAGCUGGACACCCCAGCCCAAGACCCCUAAGUCACCCUUCCAGCCUGGGGUGCUGGGCAGUCGGGUGCUGCCUUCCAGCAUAGACAAAGAUGAGAGGUCAGAGGAACACUCGCCCCAGUGGCUAAAGGAGCUGAAAUCCAAGAAGAGGCAGAGCCUGUAUGACAAUCAAGCUUGA